AGAAUUCUGUAAUAUGAAUUUUAUUCGUUCUCCUAGUACACAGCCAGUGACAUUGACACGUGUGAGGCUAGAAAAUGAUUAGUGUCAAUCACAAAAGAAGUCAAGACGCAUGCGUAUCAGCCACAAAUCUGUUGAUUAACCUUCUCGAAUUCGCCGGACAAACAUGGAAACAGCUCUGCUCCGGUACUGCGUCAAUUUUUCCAGUCAUCCUUACCACAAGAAAACCUCUGCUCAUCACAGAGUCGAUGGUGAGACUCAGAGAGACGAGAGGUGCGCUACGGUUUUGAGUAGAAGAUCGGUACUGGCGUCUGGAUUCUCGUUAGUCUCGUCGACGGCUUUAGUGUUUCCAGGGGAUGGAUUAGCUGUCGUGAAACAGGGUCUUCUUGCCGGGAGAGUUCCUGGUCUAUCCGAACCUGAUGAUGAAGGUUGGAGAACAUACCGUAGACCAGACGAGAAGUCAGGAGGGCAUGGUGUUGGUUGGAGUCCUAUUAUCCCUUACGCCUUUUCGGUUCCUCAAGAUUGGAAUGAGGUACCUGUAUCGAUCGCUGAUCUUGGUGGCACCGAGAUUGACUUGCGAUUUGCUAGUCCUAAAGAAGGCCGUUUGUCUGUUAUUGUAGCUCCUGUUCUAAGAUUUGCAGAUAACCUCGGGGACGAUGUUAAGAUUGAAAAUAUUGGGCCACCAGCGAAGGUGAUCAACGCGUUUGGACCAGAAGUUAUUGGAGAAAACGUUGAAGGGAAGGUGUUAAGUUCCAAUGUUGCAGAACACCAAGGUAGACUCUAUUACCAAUUUGAGCUAGAGCCACCUCAUGUACUGAUCACAGCAACAGCUGCCGGAAACCGCCUUUACUUGUUCAGUGUCACCGGAAACGGUCUUCAAUGGAAGAGACACUACAAGGAUCUGAAGAGGAUAGCUAGUUCAUUCCGCAUUGUUUAGAGGCAUUAAACGAAACUUUUUUUGAUUCAUCAGAUCUUCAACAAGUUGCUUAAGAGUUUAUCAAGACUUAAGAACACAAAGAGCGGUACAUAAAUGUAUUUGUAAAAAAGUUGAGAAUCCUGU